AUGCAGGCAUCGUUUUCGCGUGAAGGCAAGGAUGACGAGAAGGAGGACGACGAGGUGGUUGCGGAUGAUGAUGAUGCGCAUAAUGAUCUAGCUGCUGCAAAAGCAACAGCGGGACGGGGAGGGAGACGAAGAGGAGGAGGAGAAGGAGGAGGAGGACGAGCAGACGAUGAGGUGUCGCGGGUGUUGCAGGCGAUGGGGGAGAGGUGGCCCCGCGGCCGACACAUCCUGGGGGGUGCCGCACCUGCAGCGGCGGCGGCGGCGGAGGGAGAGGGUCUGGAGAGCUUCAGGGCGGUGGCGGCGGUUCUCGGCAAUUACCCGCUGCCCAGGAAUGAUGGGAUGGAGGCUUUGCGACCGACUGACGGAGGGGACAUCACGACGACUAGAUUCUUCAGAGAUAUCGCUCACCGCGGCAACCGACACUCGUCUUGGGCCUGGGCGGAGGUGUUUUCGAAGUCCCUGCUUCCUCGAGAUAUGAGCGAGGCAUGCACCCAAGGUUUCAAGGCCUGCCCUCAAGGAUCUAACCCCGCGCACGACCUUUUGCCGGCCAUGUCGGUAUUCUUCGCUUACGGGGCGGUUGUGGACCCGAAGGAUCUGAUAGCCCUCGCCGAAAUCCUCAAGCUGGAGGAAAUGAAGGACUGCUUCUUGGGAGGCUUGUCCUUCGUCGACAACCCCUUCAUCCCUGGCCUGAGCUUGUCCGUCGCCCUCGAAGAGUCCCUCAAGAACGCUCCCGAGAGAGAAAGCCGGUGCCUCGAGGCCCUCCAGAAGGCCAUGGACGACCUUCUCCGUGCGGUGCUAGACCGGCUGCCGCAGACGAUAGCCAGCUUCCCGGGGGGGGUCGGCGGCUGCGAAUCCGUCCUCGAGCCGGAGGUGGCCGGGGUCCUGCGGGACAGAGACUUCCGGGGCCCUCUGAGGCUCGCGCUUCAGGAGAGACAGUUCUCGAAGACCCUGUGCAUUGCGCCGCUCAUGUUCAAGUACAUGUGCUACAGGUUCGUAGCCGGCCUCCCGGACCUCCAAGACUCGAACGACUUGCUCGGGGGGCGAGAGGAGAAGAGGACGAGGACGUCUUUCGAAACCAGCGGCCCCGUUCGGGCGCCGGUGGCUAGUGCGGCAAGCGCCAGCAGCGUCUACACCGCCGCCAGCGGCGGCGGCGGCGGCGGCGGCGGCGGCGGCGGCGGCGGCGGUGGCGGGGGCGGGGGCGGUGGCGGCGCCCCACCCUCCUCCUCCGCCCCCUCGGGGACGCGCCGCGGGCGCAAGGGGCGAGACUUCCUGUACUCGGACGGCUUCGUCGCCGGGUCUGCGACCGAGAGGCUGCUGCAGGGGCUGGGCUGGACGGGGCGGAGGGCGGCGGCGGCGUUGACGCCCCCUCCGGAAAGGCCGAGUGACUGGGAAACAAUUUUCAGCGGAACCUUUCUGCCCGGCGCGCAGUUUGUUCUGGUCGGGAUCCUCACCAAGCCCUUGGCGUACUACAAGGUGCCGGUGAUGCGGAUGCUGCUCGGUUUCUACGUUCACCUCAUUACGCUCGCGCUCUACACGGCGGUGGCGUUGGAAAGCGACGACGGCGAGCUCAGCAACACGGAGAUUGCCCUGACGUUCCAUGUCAUGGCCGAGAUCGUGAGCAACCUCCUCCAGAUGCGGGCGGGCUUCGUGGAGUUCUGGCGGGACAAGUGGAACUGGCUAGAGAGCCUGUCCCUGCUCCUGCUGGCGGGAGGGCUGACCAUCCGAAUCCGCAACAGCGACGUGCACCAGGGCCGGGCCCUGUUCGCCCUCAGCGCCCCGCUCGUGUUCUCCCGCGUGCUGUUCUUCGGGCAGUUCUUGAAGCGCCAGGGCCUCGUGAUUCAGAUGAUGACCAUCUUGUUUGGGGAGAUGCUCCAGUUCGCCCUGGUUCUCGGGACGAUCAUGAUGGGUUUCACCGUGAGCUUCUACGCCCUGUUCGAGGAGGCCAAGUCGUACGGCGACGUUUGGUUGGACGUUUUCAAAGCCAUGCUCGGCGAGGUGAGCGUGUUCUCGGAGAUCUACGAAGACAGUGUGUACAGAGAUGUCGCCCGGGUUCUCCUUGUCGUCUACCUGACCGUGGUGGCCGUCAUGCUCCUUAACCUUCUUAUCGCGGUGCUGAGCACCGAGCACGCGAAGGUCGACGAGCAGCAAGACAUCGCCUUCCGCGAGUCCAAGGUCCGCAUCAUGAAGCUCUACGUCCGCAUCGUCGACAGCGACGUCCUCCCCUCCCCGUUCAACCUGCCCCAGAUCGCCGUGGGUCUCGUGGCGAGGGGGGUCGACGGCCUGCUCGGCACCAAGACCUGCCCCAAGAUCAUGCGCGAGUUCAGCGUGGGAGUCUUCUGGCUGACGCUCGGCUCUCCGGCGAUCCUGAUCGCGUGGGGCCUCUGGGCGGCGUCGGCGCCGAUGGCGGUCCUGACCGCCUGGAGGAGGGCCACCUACACCGGGAGGUCGCUAACCGUCGCGGUGGCCUGCAGCUCCGUUGUUGUUGUCCUCCACGUCUUCGCCCUGCCCUUCGUCCUGUCGUGGUUCUGGGUCCGCUCCGGACUGGGGCUCGCGGCGCUGACGCUCAAGACGCUGGCGGCUGCGCUUUGCGGCGGGAACGGAGGGGAAGACGGCAGCGGUAGGAGAGUUCCGCGUCGACCCUCCGCUGCUGGUUCCGGCGGCGCGUCCACCGCCGGUUCGCCGUCCGCCUGUAGUGACGUCAUUGUCGCUGACAUGCUGCGACGGGGGAACGCCUCCCCCGGGGGACGUCACGCCGCCGGCUCCAGCGUUGCGGAGAUCUGGGCGCAGCUAGAGAACCCCACCAUGCCCGACGGCCUCGCGCAGGGGCAAGGCGAGCAGAACCAAACGGUAACGUUGGAGGAAAUCAUACGCGCGCGGAACCACCUGGACGAGGCCGGGAGGGGUCGGGGCGAGGCCGUCCUCGCUCUCCUCAAGUCCGUGGACGCUGACCUGAAGGACCAGAUCGCGGAGCUAGAGCGAAGCGUGGCUCGCAGCGUCGAGAGUCUGAGGGUGGGGUUGGAGGCGAGCGUGGCCGCUCUCGUGGAAGCCGAGGUGGCGAAGGCUGUCGAGGAAUCCCGGGGUCCGUCGCCACGGGGGGCGGUGUCGCCUGCUGCUGGCGUGCCGCCUGUGGACGAGCCGGGAUCGUGA